GCGUUUCCCAUCGUCAGUGACAUCAUUGAAUCAAUCAACUAUAACUUACUAGAUCUAUAAGCACAUGAAAGUGUUAGCGGGAGUCAAGAUCCUAGAGGAAAUGCAAAAUUGACUAGUAGAUGAAAUAUAAAUGAUGGCUAACAUGAACUUAAAGCAAAGGCCUCAGACAGACUUAAUUUGAAAUUUAAUAAGCAAAUGACAAGUACUAGCUAUCCAUUUGAUGACACUGUUCAGCUUUCACAAAUCAUGCCGACACAAGACGACAAUGCCCCUAUUGUUGGAAAUAACUAUGCGGCCAAUGUAGGGAUUAAUGGCAAUGACUCCCAACAAGCGAAUGUAUCAACUUUCUCUGUUAGUAAGAAGCGGGCUUGCCUUACUGUCUUUAUUUUGCUGUUGGUGAAUUUGCUGAAUUAUAUGGAUAGAUUCACAGUGGCUGGUGUUCUGAUUGAUGUCAAGCACUACUACCAUGACUUGGGCAACUCUGAUGCUGGUAUCAUACAGACAGCCUUCAUUUGUACAUACAUGGUCUUCUCACCCAUAUUCGGCUAUCUAGGAGAUCGAUAUACACGCAAGUACCUGAUGGUUUUUGGGAUACUCAUGUGGUCUGUUUUUACACUGGCAAGCUCAUUUAUACCCGGUGAUUACUUCUGGGCCUUUGUGCUACUAAGAGCUCUAGUUGGAAUAGGUGAAGCUAGCUACUCUACCAUUGCUCCUACCAUUAUUGCAGAUCUUUUCUCAAAACAUCAGAGGACCUAUGCCCUGAUGGUGUUCUAUUUCGCCAUUCCAGUUGGCAGUGGCCUGGGCUAUAUUGUUGGCUCCAUUGUUGCAAAAUGGCUAGGUGAAUGGCAGUGGGCGCUCAGGGUGACUCCAUUAUUAGGAGUCAUUUGUGUCAUACUGAUUAUAGUGGUUGCUGUUGAGCCCCAGCGGGGUAUGUCUGAAAAUAGCCAAGUCCAUGUCUCUAAUUCUGGCUUGUGUACAGACAUUAAAGACUUGAUAGCAAACAAGAGCUUCAUGCUGUCUUCUGCUGGAUUUACUUGUGUGGCAUUUGUCACUGGAGCUCUGGCCUUCCUAGCUCCUUCCUUUAUGUACUAUUCCACAAAGUUUCUCAGCCAGAUGGAGAGUGAGUCAAGUAUAAGUACAACUUUUGGUGGAAUCACAGUCUUGGCUGGAUUUAUUGGCGUUGGUAUGGGAGCCUGGCUGUCGAGGACCUAUAAACGUGUCAACCCAAGAGCUGAUCCACUUGUCUGUGCUGGAGGACUGCUGACCUGUGUCCCUUUUUUGUUUUUUGCUUUGUUUGUCUCCAAAUACAACACAGCUGCUACAUGGGUUUUGAUAUUUUUUGGAGAAACACUUUUAUGUUUGAACUGGGCUAUAACUGCAGAUAUUCUUUUAUAUGUUGUCAUUCCUACUAGACGUUCAUUGGCAGAGUCUGGCCAGAUACUUAUGUCUCAUUUAUUUGGAGAUGCAAUUAGCCCCUACAUUAUUGGUUUGAUAGCUGAUUCUUUGGCUGACAACCAUUCAAAUUCCAAACUGCCCUCUGUACAGUUUGUAUCUAUGCAAACAGCAUUAUAUCUGACAACUUUUGUUUGUGUAGUCGGGGGAGCAUUUUAUUUAGCUACUGCCAUUUACGUUGAACAGGAUAAAAAGAAAGCUGAGAAAAUUUCACAUGGUAAUUUAGAAGAUAGUGAUGAUGAUGCUGUGUUUACUGAUGGAUCUGAUGUGAAUUAUUUAGCUGAUGAGGAUGUGCCAAGAGGCAUUGGAGGCCUGAGAUCAGAUCAGGAAGUCAGGGUGGCUUUUACUGAUGGUGAUCAUCAUGAGAUUAGCACAGCUUCUUGACAAGAGAUUCUUAAGAGUUGAUCCUCUUGAAUGAAAGUUUUUAAUUUUAUAAAAGAAAGAUUUUAUUUGUGAUGAAUGCCAUUACUUUGAUAAGAUUGUUUUUGUUUAUAUGACUAAUUUAUUUGCAUGGAUUUUUGUAAAUUACACUGUAUAAUAAAUGCACCUCACCUACUUUGAAGAGCUACACUUGAUACCAAUUUAUAAAGGUAAUUUGGAUAUUUUCGUUAAUUAACUUAGCACAAAUAAAAAAAAUGUAUUUAUGUCCAAUACAAUUUUAAUAAUUUUUUGUUGUUGUUGAAAGGUAUGUUGCAAAUUACAAAAAAAGUUGUUGCAUUUUUAACUCCUAAAAUAUUGAAUAAAUAAUUUUUCCAGA